ACCUAUGGAAGAUACGCCCUGUUUGCCGUGCAGGACCGGAAUGAGAAGCUUUUUUACGAGGUUUUAUUGGAGAAUAUCGAGCAUCUGAUGCCAAUCAUUUACACACCAACGGUUGGAUUGGCUUGUCAGAGAUACGGGUUGCUUUUCCGCAGGCCGAGGGGCCUCUUCAUCACUAUUAAUGACAGGGGGCGAGUUUUCGAGAUACUGAAAAACUGGCCUGAAAAGCGGGUUCGAGUCAUCGUUAUCACUGAUGGGGAGCGGAUUCUUGGGCUGGGAGAUCUUGGAGUGCAGGGCAUGGGUAUUGCUGUCGGCAAGUUGACCCUCUACACGGUCUGCGGUGGGGUAAACCCAUCUGAGGCUUAUGAUGAGCUGAUUGAUGAGUUUAUGGUCUGCGCAAAGAAGCGAUUUGGAGACAAUGUGCUCGUACAGUUCGAAGACUUCGCCAAUCACAACGCUUUCCGGCUGCUGUUUCAGUAUCGAGGGAGCCAUCUUGUGUUCAACGACGACAUUCAGGGUACAGCAUCGGUCGCAUUAGCUGGCUUAAUGGCAGCGAGGCCAAUGACUGGCAAGGCCCUUCACGAGCAGAGGUAUCUUUUCUUUGGAGCUGGAGAGGCUGGUACUGGAAUAGCUGAGCUUAUUGCCACUGCAAUUAGCAAAGAGCGCAACAUCCCAGUUCAGGAGGCCCGCAAGCUGAUCUUUUUAGUCGAUUCAAAGGGAUUGGUUACCUUUUCAAGACUGGAGACCCUUCAUGACCACAAGCUGCCGUUUGCGCACAAAGUUGAUCAUUGCCCAGACCUCCUUUCAGCAAUCAGGGCAUUGAAGCCUAAUGUGUUGAUUGGAGUUUCGGCCCAAAGUGGUGCAUUUAACAGAGAAGUGCUCACAGCGAUGGCUUCCAUAAACACGCGCCCCAUCAUUUUCGCCCUCUCCAAUCCGACGUCCAAGUCUGAGUGCACAGCAGCUGAGGCAUUGACCAUAACGCAGGGGGCACGCUGAUCUUCUCUGUACGAUUCCCGUUUUAAGUUUUAACUU